AUGUCUACUUUUCGUGUUGAUGAGUUGAUCAAUUAUUUUAAAUCACACAACAAAAUUAGGGAGCAACAAAGUCAUUCUGCUAAAGUACACAGUGUAGGAUGGAGUUGUGACGGAAAACUCUUAGCUUCGGGAUCUUUUGAUAAAUCUGUUUGUAUUUUCUCUCUUUCUCCGGAUCGUUUAAAACAAGAAAUAACAUUUAGAGGACAUGGUGGUAGCGUAGAUCAGCUGUGCUGGCAUGCCUUUUAUCCAGAAUUAUUAUCUACCGCAAGUGGAGACAAGACAGUUAGAAUUUGGGAUACAAGAACACAAAAAUGCACAGCAAAUAUUAGCACAAGAGGUGAAAAUAUUAAUAUAUCAUGGUCACCUGAUGGUAAUACAAUAGCAGUUGGAAACAAAGAAGACUUAGUGACUUUUAUUGAUGCACGAGUAAUGAAGAUGCGUGUUGAAGAACAGUUUAAUUUUGAAGUGAAUGAAAUCUCAUGGAAUAAAGACUCUGACACAUUUUAUUUAACUAAUGGUCAAGGUUGUGUACAUAUCCUUAGUUAUCCAGAUUUAGAGUUGUUACAUGUAAUUAAAGCACAUCCAGGAACAUGUAUUUGUAUAGAGUUUGAUCCUACUGGAAGAUACUUUGCAACUAUGAGAACAUUUUCAAGAUUAGAGUGGCCAGUAAGAACUAUUUCAUUUUCUUAUGAUGGACAACUAUUAGCUGCAGCAUCUGAAGAUCUUGUGAUAGAUAUAGGUGAAGUGGAAACUGGAGAAAAAAUUGCAGAUAUACCAGUAGAGGCAGCAACUUUCACAGUUGCAUGGCACCCAAAACAAUAUUUAUUAGCAUAUGCAUGCGAUGACAAAGACACUUAUGACAGAAAACGAGACGCUGGCAGUUUAAAAGUAUUUGGAUUUGCCAAUGAUUAAAACAUUAUUUUUAAACUUUUAUAUCAAAAUACAUU